AUGUCACAGGCCACGCCAUCUCGAAGACGCAGUGGCGGCUCGCCUCCAUCCAAGACUGAAUCGAUUACACGUCGUUCACCUGCUCCAAACGCAGCUUUGGCACCUCAGGCUACUUCACCGAUUCUACUUCACCGACUUCUCGUACUAUCUCUGCUUUCUGCGUUGGUCGGAGGUGGCACGAUUUAUUCGAUAGUAAACAACACGUAUAAGGACACGUCCGACCCGCUUCUGGCUCACCUCCCACACCACCUUGCCGAUUAUUCGUAUUUCGCACGUAAAUCGAAUAUAUUCAACCAGUUGUUUGUCAAGAAGGCAUGGGGAUGGACAAGCGGUGCAUUCUUCGCUCUUUGGUUCACUAGUCCUGGGCAUCUGCGUAAGCCAGGCCGCGUUGUCGAAUGGGUCAUCGCCACUGGCAUAUGGGCAUUGUUCACCAUGUGGUUCUUUGGGCCCAGUCUGUUCCACCGACUUGCCUCAGCUUCAGGUGCACAGUGUGUCGUCUUCCUCCCCCCAAGCCCCGACGCUAGCUCAAACAUCGUCAAUGUACCGGUCGGAUUUUGUCAACAGCACACACCCGUCUCUCCUAGCACACAUCCAGCUUUGUUCGCCUCCAACUUUGUUCUGUCGCGUCUUGCCGGUACACAUUCUCUGGAUCCCAAAUGGCGAGCCGUUCCCAGACUCUACAGCGGGCACGACAUAUCCGGUCAUAUGUUUUUGCUGACUAUGUCUAUAUUCUUUUUGGCGGAACAAAUUUCCCUUUCUCUCCCAUUGCUGUACCCGUCGCUUGAACCAGUUCCUGGCACUGUUCGUCACCGUGCCUCUUUCUUACAUGAGGUCGUGGUCAAGGCCUCCGGUGCAUUGCUUGGUAUUUGGUUCUUGAUGUCAUUGACGACCGCAGUCUAUUUCCAUACGCCCUUUGAAAAAGCUACCGGUUUCCUCGCUGGCUUGCUUGCAGCCUAUAUUAUCAAGCUUCCUGUUCCGAUUCUCUCGCGAGCCCCGCCUCCAGCUCCUCCUAUUGUACCUUUGGAUAAACCCGAGAUUUGA